GCCGGCCCAACUCAUACGCAAAUUCGUCUAGAACCUCUCAUACGCAAAUUCGCCACUUAUCCGCAAAUUCGAAAGAUCGAAUUGCAGAAGCUCGUUCCAGGUGAGAGUUGAGAAGUCAGGACGGGUUUUUCUGUUGUAUGUGUUGAAUAGGUGAGAGUUGAGAAGUCAUGGUGGGAUUUAAAAAUAGGUACAUGGUGCUGGAAAUUUUUCUAGAUCCAAACAAGGAUCUCAAGGUGGAUGAUCCUGUUAUUGUUACCCAGUUCAAUGUGUCGAAAGCAAUGAAAGACAGCAUUCUUGUCAACUUUGGGGAGUGUGGUCUGGCUUCUUCACUUGGGUCUUUUCAGGUUAAGUAUGUGAAUCCAAUUACCAAGCUGUGUAUCGUUCGAACAUCAAGGGAGGACUACCAGAAAGUCUGGUGUGCAAUUACCAUGGUUUCCAGCAUUGGAAAUUGCCCUGCUUUAUGCAAUUUGCUUGAUCUAAGUGGAAGUAUUAAAGCUUGCAGAAAGGCUGCCUUGAGUUGUGAAGAAGCAAAAUUUGAGCAGUACAAACUUGUAAAGGGAGGUCAAGUUACAGAUGAGUUGAAUAAGCAAAUGCAAAACUAUCUCGAGAGGAUUAGAUUACUGGAGCAUUAGUGAGUAUUCUUGUUCUUGUUUAGUAGCGAGGAGUGUUAGUUUUGAAAUUGAGGUCAACACUCCUCUUCCACCACUCGGAUAGGCUAGUGUUGUUUGGUGUUGAACAAUGUUGGGAGGAUCAUCCCGGGAAUCGGGAUCCCCGUUUGUACUAAUGGACUAUUUGUCCUAUAACUAAUGCACUAGUCUAACCCUGCAAAAAAUACUUAGUUGAAAGGAAUGAUCAUAGAAAACAGUUGUCAAAAUGUUUUCGCGGUAAGAUAAAGGCAAACUUGGAUUCCCCUUUAAUCUCUCAAGAUAAAUAAUACUCUCCAUAAAUAGGGGAGAUCAUUUAGUUAUAAGUGUUA